UGCUCUGUUAUGACAUGAAAUGUUAAUAGAAUUAUGUGAAAUAGAAAACCCUUAGAAAACCCUUUACCAACUUCCUCUAGAUUUUAGCAGAAAGCAGCGAGAUUAGAUAAUGUCGAUAGGUUAUGAUGGGGUGAGUUUCUGUACUAUGGAAUGUAGUAAGCUUCAUCGUGCAUGCUUCUGUCAGUAUGAGCAACAGCAUUGUUGAGUUUCUUUUGGUCUUGUUUUUCUUGACACUAUAAAUGGUUUUUCUUUCUUCUCUCUUGAAUGCUUUAAAUGGUUUAACUUAUUCUUUUGGUUGGUUGGAGUUGAGAGAAUAUACUACGUAUAUUAAGAAUCUUUUCUUCUCUUUUUCUGCUUUGGCCUCUUAAGUGCAUUCUUUACAAGCUGGUGUCGUGAGACGUGGACCAUAUCCUAUAAAGGUUUUUGUUUCCUAAGAGCUGCAGUUGAGUUUGUUAAGAUUAUAUUUGGAAAGGAAGGAUUAAGUGUACUUUAACUGUUGGAAGGAUGAGGAAGAUCUAGAUCACAUCUUUUGGUUUUGUGAAUUUGUUAGUUCUUUUUGGGAGGUAAACUUUUCUUGGGAGAACGGUUGCUUUCUAUGGCUUGCUUCCUUGCUGGGGUGUUUGUGAUCUUAUAGACUUUAUAUUGUGUGUGCUUGGGUUUUUGUACACCCAUGCAUUCUUUUAUUUAUUUUUUGUUGUCUUUAUUUAAAGAAAGCUAUUUUGCUGGCGUAGAAGAGUCCCAGAAAGAGGCUUGGAGUUUGAGUAUUACAAUUCCUCCUGGUAGGCUUUUGUUGGUUAAGUCUUUUUGUGAUGUCUCUGUUUUCUAUUAUUGACCAAUGGAGCUCCCUCCUGUAAGUUCUUGGAUCUAUAGUAUACCACCUGCUUUUGUGAAGUAUUUUAAUGGAAGAAUACCAAGUGAAGCUAUUAUCAGAGAUCAAAGCGGAAAAUCUUGGCAUGUUACUUUGGAAGAACUGAAGAAUAUUGUGUUUUUCAAGGAUGGCUGGCAAGAAUUUGUCGACAGCCACCACUUGAAACGUGGAUACUUUUUAGUUUUCCAAUAUGAUGGGAGUCAUGUGUUUGAUGUUAAGAUAUUUGGUAAAAAUGGAUGCAAGAAAGAACUAGUAGCAAGAAUCGGUAAUCCUGUCCCGACCGUGAAGGUCAAAGAUGAGCCUCUAUCAGAGCAAGAUUAUAGUACUUCCUUAACUCGUAGCAAAAGGAGUGAUUCAGAAGUUAGAUCCACUGAUAGUUCAGCCACGGCCCCCAAAUCAAGGAGAAGAUCACCAUCAAAUCUUGAAGAACAUAGUCCCUCUAAGACUGCAGAACAUAUUUCGAAGAAAUCGCCAACCUUCAAGCACAUAGUUAAGCAUUGGUCACAUAAAGCCAUUCAUAUUCCCCAAUCGGUCAUAGUUUCCAAUGACUUCUUGUUGAAGCCGAAUUUGAUUAUCAUAGAUGACAUGGGCAGGUCGUGGGUGGUGAAAGCGACACCAAUUAGCCGUGGUCGAUUUUCCCUGACCACUGGUUGGGGUGCUUUCUUCAUAGCAAAUAGUUUGACAAUAGAUGAUGAAUGUACAUUUGAGUUUGUUCUUGAUUCGAACAACCUAUGUGGAGAACUAAAGGUGAAAAUAACCCGAAGCCUGGAAAUAACCCAACAAGAAAAACAGACAACAAUAGUGCAAGAGGGAUGAUACCUUUGCCUAUGAAUCUCCCUGUAAAAUAAUAUGUUUUCACCUUUGCAUUUUGCAUCUUUGUUUGUAUAAUUUUGCCUGUAAAAUAAUAUGUUGAUGUACUGUACACGCAUCGAAGUUUUAGUUAGAAUUUUUGGUGUAGGUGGUUGGUAUCUAUUUUUACGAAGUGCAAUGCCAAGGGAAGUAAUAACA